CUUCAAGAAUGAGUCCAUCACAAGAUAGAAGUAGAAAUUCCUGCAGCAGUGAGCCUCUGGCGAAGUGCCUUCAAGCAAAGGAGGACUUGGAAACAGCUAUAUCUGGAAUUGUCAAAGCUGAGCAACAAAUUAAAGAGAACUGGCGGGAGGUGAAGGCGAAGAUUCACAGCCACAUCAGCCGCCACCUGGAAUGCCUGCGCAGCCGUGAAGUGUGGCUGUUUGAGCAGGUCGAUCUCAUUCAGCAGCUGAAAGAGGAGGCAUUGCAGCAGCAAGCCCAGCAGCUCUAUUGGUAUUUGGGGCAAUUCAAUUGCCUUAUCCAUCAGCUGGAACACUCCUAUAGUAACGAACUAGCAAACCAGAUUUCAGUUUGCCUGGAGAGACUGGGAAGUCUUACUCUUAAACCAGAGGAGUCUUCCAUCCUGAAUUUUGAGGCUGACACAUCUUACCUUCGCCAGGCUAUUACCUCAUUUGGUUCAAUUAAGACGAUGCAAACCUCAGAGAGAGAGAGUCCUUCUCCCUGGUUCCCAGGGCAGAAUUAUGCCCUAAUGAACUGUGAGCAGAAAACAUUGUGUGGGACAGUGAGCGCCUCACUUGCUGACUGGUUGCUUGGAAGCAGACCUGUGGGCGUUCGCCAGGCUCCGUAUGUUUCCAGCACCAAUCUUGAAGAACGGGUUACACAAAAAUAUGUGUCGGAGCCCAGCCAGGAUUUAAACUCUUCCAAUUUUGAGCAAGCCUGGGGAAAUCUGAAAGAUUUGGAAAACUGGCUGCUGCAGAAUCAACAGCAUGAUGUUGCUGGGAAGACAGACUCCCCUGGCCGCACAGACUCCGCCUCCACUUUCAACUCGUCCUUUUCCACUAUUGAAAAGGUGGAGGGAUUGGAAUCCCUCGGACAAGAAGAGAUGGACCUUUCUGACUGGCUGCUUGCUCCUGACACAGAGAAUGGAAGUAGUGCUUCAGAUGAGAAAUGGAAGUAUGAAUUCAAACCUUUUGGGGAAGAAUUUAAUUUGAAUGAUUGGCUCCUCAAAGCUGAAACAUGUACCAGCUGUCGCGGCAGCCAGAUCAAAAGUGUGGAAAUUGAGAACCUGGGAAAUCUGAAGUGCUUGAAUGAGCAUCUUGAUGGAAAGAAAUCACCCACUAUAUCUGCUGUGAAUGCUUGGCUUCUCCAGCAUCCCCCAGCCCCAUUUAAAGUGGAAGAUGUAUGCAAAGCUAAUGAGCUGUGUGCCAGCUUGUCAGAAUGCGUGUGUGAUGAAAAUUGUGGAAAAGAGGCUCUCUGUAAAUGGCUUCUGAAGAAAGAACGGAAGGAUAAAAAUGGAGUUCCAGUCAGCCAGAAAGAUGUGCCAAACCCUGAGCACGAGAAGAAUAAGUCUGAUGCCAAUACCUGGCUUAACCCCGCACAGCAGCUCACAGGGGAACCCGUUAGUGCGGAGAAAGUGGAUUAUUCAGCAGAGACCACAGAACCCUUCAAAGUAUUGCUCGAAAGGCCUCUGGCAAGCUGGCUAGCCAAGUCUGAGCACAAAGCAGAAAGCGCAGAAGAAAAGGCGAGUAGGGAAAAAGCAGAUACUAGUUUCAAGAGUCCUUUCCUAGACCUCUUGGCUCCAUUCCACCUCCCCUUGCAUGUAAACAGUUGGGUGUUGACUUCAAGCAACCUAGAAAACGCAAACCCACCUCCCGUGGAAGAUAAAUGGCUUCUACACAAGAAAGCACAAGACUUUGGCCUUCCUACCGUUUGUGACCUUUUUGCCUGUAUGAAACUCAAUGGAGAUGAAGAAAAAUGGCUAUAUCAGACCCCUCUACAGGUGGGAUGCACAGAAUGUAUUAGAACGGCUGAGCCUAAGCAUAACUUGGGGGUACAGAAUGCAGAUGCUGGCAGCUGA